AUGAGCUGGUUGACCCUGAGCUGCCGCUUAGCACCAGAUAGCAGCGAGCUGCAUGAGGUGACGCUAAUGAAGCUGUUGUACCUCUACGACCCUGAAGCCUGCGGAAGAAUCCACUUUUACAAUUUCACAAUACGAAACAAGGAAGAUACACUUUUCUCAACAGUGAUGUGGCCAAUUAGCAAUCCGAUUGCAUCUAAAUUUAGAAGUGCUAUGCGUGUCUGGCUGUGCCUCCACAUAACUUGGCUUGUCCUCAGCAUCGUAAACGUGACACAUGGUAAACGACCGUGUGGCUUUUACGCCAUUAUAGUUCCGUUUACCCUAACCGGAUUGGCCAUGCUGGGAGCCGAUGUGGUCUUUACAGCUAUGUUCAUUCAGGAUGUUGCGGAAACUGAUACUGAAAUUUCAAUACUAGACUACAUGAACCAAGGCGGUAAAAACCUGCAAUGGAUUAUCAAGGUGUACCCGUGGCAGAUGAUGCAGGAUUUAGGGCACUCUACUCUGGAGGAUACGACCUGGAUAGCGCUGCUCUUUGCCUUCGCUAGCAGCAGAGGCAUCGUGCAGUGGAUCAUCAAUUUCUGGCUCGUUAAGGACAACUACUUUGUCGGUCUUACUAAUUAUCGUAAGUUACAAAAGGAAUCAUCUAGAAGACAAGCUGGUCGGAAAUAA